UGCCCUUUCGUGGGAAUUCAUUCGACCUCGAACACCUCAGACCAUCAUCAUGUCUGGCAUUCCCAAUCACUCGAACCGCAUCGUGCCGCGUACGCACGGGCUCAAAGAAACCGGCUCAUGCUUUGACACGACCGAAGUGCCGCCGCCUCGGCGAAAACACCACGACGAGUCGGCCCAAGACCCGGAUCUGGUCCGGGCGUUCUCCUUGUCCAAGCCCAUCCGCAAGGAAACUACUGACCAAUUCCUGCGCAAAGGCACAGGGUAUGGGGGGCUCGCCGACUCGGAGCGCACCCACAAGCGCGACGAACUCGUGCCAAUCAGCCCCCGCAAGGAAAAGCAUCAGCCGGGGGCCUUCAAGGAGCGCUACAACCCCCCCGACACGUCCUUUCGCAAGUUUUACGAACGGGGGGACCUCCCGAUUCAGAUCGACCACGGCGGCGUCAAGAACCUCGUGGCGUGGAAGGUCAACAUCACCAAGUUGGACUUUCACCAUUACUUGCCUAUAUUUUUCGACGGACUCCGCGAAAUCGAAGAACCGUACGCGUUCUUGUCCGAGCAGGGUAUCAAGGACAUGAUGGUCAACGCCAGCUCCAAAGUACUGCCUGUGAUCCCGCAGCUCAUCAUCCCCAUCAAAAAUGCACUCAAUACCCGACGGGGGGGCAUCAUUGUCAAGACCUUGCACAUUUUGCAGCUUAUGGUCACGUGCGACAAGAAGCCGGGCGCCGAUGGUCUCAACGCGCCUGGCCUGAUCGGACAAGCGCUGGUGCCGUACUAUCGCCAGAUUCUGCCCAUUUUGAACAUUUUUAUUCGCAAGAACGACAAUUUGGGCGACGGAAUCGAUUAUGCGCAGCGAAAGCAAGAAAAUCUGGGUGACCUCAUCCAGCAAACCCUCGAAACGUUCGAGUCGAACGGCGGUGACGAUGCCUUCAUUAACAUCAAGUACCUCGUGCCCACGUACCAAAGCGUGUGCGUCGGAUGAGACGCAUUGGACAGGACCGGUCUCGCCUUGCAUCAUAUUUCAAUGAAUAAAUCGCCAUUUUAAAUAGUCUACAAAUGUGC